UUGCGGUACGUGGCGCGGUGUGGAACAUUUUCAGUGGAAUAUUUCUUACAUGGAAAAUGGACUAGUGUUUUAUAUUGAGCGAUAUUGGGUAACUGCCUUUGUUAAUUAGUAUGAAUUACGAAGACGCUGAAGUCUGAAUGUAAUCACAAGAUCACGAUGUCAGGCAGUUUUAUAAACAGUUUCUGCAAAAGAAUGUAGAUGUUAAAUCUAAGGCAGUUUUGCAAGGUUUAGCUGUAGCAGAACAGCUAAAGAAGUUGACUGAAGGAAUCACUCUUUUGGACAAGGAGUUGCAGGGACAAGUUCUGGCUAAUCAUGAAGAUCUUCUUUCACAAGCAACAUGGGUUGAAAAACUGGAAGGGGUGCUUGCUGUUAUGCAGACACAUGUUCAGUGUUUGCUGUCUGCUGUGGAGCGUCUGCGCGCAAAAAUUGUUGAACCCUACAAUAAGAUAGAGCUUCAGACUGUGAUGCUGUCUCGCCUCCAUGCAACCUCAGACCUUUUGAGGCGUGUGGCUCGUAUACAGCAUUUGUCCCGUCGACUGGGAGCUCAGAUGCAGGGUUCUAACCUUGAUAUCACCAAGGCUGCACAGAGCCUCAGUGAACUAAGUCAGUUGUCUGAGAAUGUUGAUCUGUCCAGACUUGAGGUUUUAGAGGAAGAUCAACGUUCCAUUCGAAAUCAUCGUAUUGAGGUUGAGAAACAAGCAAAACUCAUGCUAACACAGGGGCUUCAGGCUCAGAACUUAACACAGGUUGCAACAGCUGUGCAAGUCUUCUACAACCUUGGGUCACUGGAAAGUACAGUAAGCCUUGUGCUUGAAACAGCAGAGCAGAACAUAAAGAAAAGUAUAAAAGAGGCGUUGGAUAUAAGUACACUGAGCCAGACUACUUCAGAUGUCAUCAAAAGUAGAGGUGGUCCAGGUAGAGCAGCCAUGCCCUCACCAGGCAACACUGCCAACUUUCGUUCUCGUCUGUGGGCAGCUUUGGAACUUCUGUUUGAUACUUCUAUAUAUACAGAGUGUUAUCAGGUGGAGCUCUUGCAGAGGAUACUGGUGUGCAAGUUGAGAGUGGACUCUGGAAUGUUGUCACAACAUAACUCCACCUGUUACAUGGACCUGUUGCCUCCAGAAAGACAGCAGCUAGCAGCCAGCUUGUGGCAGGCUGUCACCAGUCUUCUGGCCCAUGAACUUGCGCAGGCUGCACAAGGUUCAAUGUUUAUAAAACAAGCCCUUGAAGGUGAAUAUCCAAAAUUUCUUCGUCUUUACCUGGAUAUGUGCAAGAGAAUUCAAGCCAUUGGUCGGAACUCAGACCAGAUGGAAACUGCCUUGACAAGUGGUGUUGAACAUGAAGGCACUGAUUCCGGGAGCUUCCAUAUAAAUCGUGAGGUGGUCUCCCAGUUUGAAAAUGCAUAUUUAUCACGUUCUGUGUCCCGGUUGCUGGAUCCAGUCCAUCUUAUGUUCUCUGGAGAUGCUGUUCCUCCUCAUGAGGAAGUUGAUUCUCUCAUCAGAACAAUUACCAGUGAGCUGAGUGUGUCUCUUGUUGACGUGUCCCUGAGUUGUACAGUUGCCCGAAAUAUAAGCAAGACUGUUCGCUUGUUCUGCCUCAAGUGUGAGCAGAUGAUCAUUACUGAUGGAGAAGCUACACAAGUUAUAGACACUUGCACGCCUGGUCAGUUGCUGAACAUAUCCAUAGCAAAUUUGGUACACUACCUGAAUGGACAAGUGGGACGAGUUAUGGCCAAUAUGAAGUCAAGUUUGUCACCAGAUGCUGCUAAAAUAGUACAGGAAUCUUUAAGCCAUACAGACAAAUUAAUUCAAAAUAUAGUCACUCCUCUCUUGGCAUCGAUAUCUGAUGCUAUAGAGGCAAUUAUCCUUACCAUGCACAAUGAAGACUACUCUAUGAGACUAGAAACAGGAGAAAGUGGCCUUAAUACAAGCAUGAGAAAGUCAGAUGUUUCCCAAUGUUCCUUGUACAUGAAAGAACUACAGGGCUUCAUUGCCAGGGCAGCGAGCAAUUACUUGGCACCAUUCCAUAAUCAAGAAAUAGUUAUGAAGUGCUCUGUUCCUGUUGCAAGCCGCUGCAUGGAGCUGUUCCUGAACCAUGCUUGCUUGGUUCGUCCUUUGGGAGAGGGAGGGCGAGUUCGACUUUCUACCGAUUUUAGCCAGAUGGAAGUAGCAGUGGGACCCCUGUGUAGGCAGACAUCAGAACUGAGUCGUCAGUACCGAAUGAUGCGUUCAUUACGUCCAUUACUGUUCCUCAGUGUAGAAGAGAUCUUGGAGAGUCCAGCUCUAGGAGAUGUAAUUCCAUAUAGCUUGGUAUUGCUUUCCAUGUUUUCUCGUGGUCCAAAUGAUCUUCUCUCACCUCAUCAGAGUGCAAAUUGGUCAGUAAGCCGUUUGUCUCAGUGGUUGGAUGGCCACCCAUCAGAACGAGAACGACUAGAGCUUAUGGGAGGAGCAUUGCAGCGUUAUCAACAAACUGUUCGUCAGAGAGGGGGAACAAGUUUUCAUGCAGUGUAUCCCGUCAUGAUCACACUGCUAGAGAGAGGAAUAGCAUAUUGUACAAAAUAAACUGUUUAUUUGUGGUGUGAGAUUGUAAUGUCCUUGAAAGUAAAGAAAUGUUGAACUAGU